GCCUCCACUUGCGAUUUGUUGUCGCGCGAUUGUUUUGUCGCAGUCGCAAAACUUAAUUGAGGUGCAUCCACUUGCGACAGAAUCGUUGUAGAUUUUGAUCAUGGAUGACAUCGAAGCAAGUGUUGUGAUCGCGCUUUUACUUCGUGCUAGACGUAAACGGCGAAAACAUAAUUACUGGGUUCACCCAAUAACAAGUCAGCGAUUACUAAAAGGGCAGUUUCACAAGUUAUUUGAAGAUUUGAGUGAACAUCCUAUAAAAUUCUUUCAGUAUUACCGAAUGACGAAAAAUAGUUUUGAUGAACUUUUGAGAAUAAUUGGUCCAUCAAUUACAUAUAAAAACACAAAAUGGAGAUUGUCUAUACCACCAGAAGAACGUCUAUCAGUGACUUUGAGGUACCUUGCCACUGGGAACAGCUUCAUUUCGUUACACUUUGAAUAUUUAUUGGGUGCCAGCACAAUUGGUCACAUCAUUAAAGAUACUUGCUCAAAAUUGUGGACAUGUUUACAACCAAUACACAUGCCUACCAAAUCAGAGGAAGAUUGGAAGGAGAUAGCAAAACAAUUUUACUUGCGAACGAACUUCCCAAAUUGGCAUUGGUGCCAUUGA